AGGACACUGUCCGACUCGGACUCCCUUCAGUUGCAUACGAAAGUGCAGAGCGAGUGCUUCAGCCAUGGAGCUAGCCCGGAAGAUUGUGAUUCGAAUAGUGGCCCUGUUCCUGCUCGGGUGGCUGCUCACAAUGGGCGAGGCCUACCUGGAGAGUGUCCGCGUGGAGGAGAUACCAUUUGCCGGCCACAAAGUGUCCGCCAGCCGCCGUUCCAGUGGCAUCCACCUGAUAUCCAGCCUCGAACAUCAGCGCAAUUUUCUGCACCUCUUCCAUGUGCCCUACAUCAUCUGCUUCUAUGCAGCCAAAGGCAAGUGGCCCUAUGUGCCGGGAUUCAUGAAGUACAAGGUGGACAAUGCCGCUCGCAAUUUGUUCCAUAAUAACGACAGUUUCAUAAGGCAAUUCUGCACCAAGUGGAUCCAAGUCAAGGAGUGCUUUCGACCUAUUUUUGACAAGUCCAACGGAACCACAGAUGAUCCCGAGGUUGAGACACUGAAUGCCAAGCUUCAAGGGCAGCGUUGCAACUGCGACAAGCUCCUUUCCACGGAGGCACCUGUUCCGGUUGUUUACUUUGAUAAGAACUACAUUGGCAACGUCAGCUCUGAGACCAUUUUGAAUACGAUUGAGUUCUUGGAGAGUUUCCUACCGCCGCCGACUAAAAAGCACAAGCGGAAGAAUCGCGUGCGUGGUCGUUUGGAUGAAAUGAAUGUUGAUCACUAAUCAA